AUGGCUCCGUUACAGAAGGGGUUUAAGAUCAAGGGGAGGGCUCAGACUGAGGAGAAAGAAAAAGGACAAGAUAAGAAGAGCACCAGCAAAAACAAGUCAGGGAAUAAGCCAAUAUUCCACGACUACGAUGCAGCCACCAAAGGAGUUCCACAGCCAGUCCGGGACCAGCGAAAGACCGAUGGUGUCUGCCGUAACCGGGAUGACGAUGGUGACCACAAUAUGGAACCACCGGAACCCCAACCUCAGAAAAAGCGAAUAAGGCACCGUGCCAAGAAGUCGGCUGCUACGGCUGCUGCGGAAUACACCAGUGGGCAAGCGUUU